GUUUGCUUCAUAAUUAGUUCCAAACUUCAGAGUGAGUGCAGUUUCCAAGUAGGAACAAUUGCUUGUGUUUAAUUUAGAACAAUUCAUAUGUUUCUCAACUAAAUUAAAUCAAAGCCACAGCAGGGACUUUAUAAAUGGAGAAGUCAUUUUAAUAAUUACUUCCUCAUAAGACAUGCCCAAGAGGAAAAGAGAUGCUCUCAGUCAUGGAGCUGCUCUCCUAAGCAUGAGGGGGAUCAGGCUUUCCUCCCUCUGCUUUCUGAUGCACCUGCUGCAGGACAAGAUAAGCACCAUUCCAGUCCUGGAAAAUCGAGACCUGCAAGAUGCAAUCAAGCCACGGGGGGUACGGUUUUACUCACUGAAUUUCAACAAUACCCUGCGCUGGCUGCCUGGAAGGGCUGGAGAGGGAGAAACCACGCUCUACUUUGUGCAGUAUAAAGUGUAUGGGCAGAGCAAGUGGCAAAACAAAGAAGAGUGCUGGGGGAUUCAGAGCCAUUUCUGCGACCUGACAGAGGAGACUUCUGACGCCUAUGAGGCUUACUACAGCAGGGUGCAAGCCGCUUCCACUGAUGUCCGCUCCGACUGGAGCCUCAGCUGCAGGUUCACUCCCUGGAGAGAAACUAUGAUAGGACCUCCAACAAUAAAGGUGGUUCACAGCAACAAAUUUGUAAUACUAAAGCUCCAGGCUCCACGUUCGGCUUAUAAAAGGAAGAGAGGCAGCAUGAUACCAAUGACAAAUUAUUAUGAUCUUCUGUACCAAGUCUUCAUAAUUAACAACUUGCUAGAUGAGCUUAGUCAUAGACACACAUGCAUGACCAGCUGUUUCUCCUCCCUCUGUCUGAAGCAACACAGAGUGCUGGUGUACGAAGGAAAAGACAAAGUGAUCAAAAUAGAAGACCUGAGGCCGGGAAUCAGCUACUGCAUCGUGGCUAGAACAUCAGUGCUGGUGCUGGGCCGCAGCAGUGCCUACAGCAACAGACAGUGCACUGUGCUGCUGUGACCAGGUGGCCGCUGCCGCAGGCCAGAGCCAGAGAAGAUGCAGCAAGCUGACACCCACCCGCUCCCCAAAAGGAGAAGGUGGCACAUGGCAGGAACGCUGCUGUCUCAGAGGGCAUCGUUUGCCAGAGUUCUUGCAUCUUCUUGGCUCGUUUCACUCCAGACGAGAAUGAUAAGCCCAAAAAGGCUAGAAGAACGGUGUGGAUAAUUAUUUGCAUGCUGUCAGAGUGCUCAGAAAUGCCUCUUUCUUCCCUUUCUUUAACCAGUUAUGCAUAAUAUUGUUUCCUCAGUUUUUAUUGCCAUCAUGCAAUUAUUAACCAGGAAAAUGAGUGGUCUCCAGCUUUGUUAACAGGCAAUUCUGCUGCAACAUCUCUAGGGAUUUACCCAGUGUGUUUAGUCUAGAUGUACCCAUCCUCACUUAAUGGCCAUUAUUUAGGUGUUACGUGUUUAAAAAUGAGUCGUUUAUGAAAUUUCAUGAGUUUCUAUGAGCCAGAAUGCAAGAGUUAUUUCAACUAGCUGGUCUGAAUAGUCUAUUUUCUCACCUCAAUCACUGUAUUAUAUUAAUGUAUCACUUGCUCAGUAGAGAGAUUUACUAUUCAUCCUGCCUUGCAGGUGCCAAGGUGCAAAGCACAUUAGGACAUCUGUGACACUGGCCACAGCAAGCUUAAGUUUAGGUCCUUUCUAAGAGAGAAAACCAGGAAAUCUUCAGACUUUGAGCCUGGGUGCCUCCUGGCUAUAGCAUAACUGUAACAGAUUUUCCUUCUUCUACUUCAUCAAGUGAUGCAUAACAUUAGUCUUUCUUGAGAUACAGUCAAUAGUUCAGGCUAAGGAGCUUGUUUCUAGGUGAUUUCCCUACACUGAUGAAGAGCUUUCCCUGUACUGUACAAAGCAGAACAGCUUACAGAGGUACAAGAGGGGUGCAGGCAGAAGGCAUCUUCAGUUGAACUCCAUAGCAUACUGCUUAAACAUGCACUGCAGCAGCAGUUCUUUCUCUUCCCAGUUACUGCAGUAACGGUGGAGGCUGCCUCCUGUUACAGGCCCAGCUGUAAACUGACAUCUGGGGUCUAGAAUAUGGCUGGACUACACAUGUGGAUGCUUUUUAAAUUAAAAUUUGCUGCAUUAAAUAAUUAAUUUUAUUAAUCAUUUAAUGUUACACAAAUCCCAAGGAUUCUUUGUAUUCCCUAUAGCACAACUUAA